GGCCUCUCUGUCUGCACCUCUGGGCCUCUGUCCUCGGCACUGCCACCACUGCAGCCUCUGUUCUGCUCUCCUGCAGCCUUGCUGCCGUGCUACCGUGUCACGCAGAGCAAUGGGUGGAGCUCUUUAUAUAGAGUUAAUAGCAGUGUACUGCCCACACGGUGUGUAGUGAGCUAGCCAACCAGGGCCAGGUGAAAAUCCUGGCCACAGGAACUUAAAUUUUAUCCACAAUAUGUUACUGGUCAAAUAAAAAUUUACACAAUAUUGUUUUACACAGUUGCUUUUUAAAUUAGUUAUGAGAAGAAAGGAGUAAAGAAUGUGUAUUUAUAAAGUCUUUUAUACUCACAUAAUUACCUUUACCUGUGCUCUUUGUUGUUUCACGUGGAUUUGAAUUAACCAUCUGGGGUAACUUGCAGCCUGAAGAACUUGCUUUAGUUUUCUUGUAAGCCAGUUGUGCUAGAAACAAAUUCUCUUAGUUUGUGUUUGUCUGGGAAUGUCUUUAUUUUGCUUUCAUUUAUUUAUAUGUUCUUAAAUCACUUUAUUGAGAUAUGCUUGAUAUGUAAAAAGCUGUACACAGUUAAUGUAUACAACUCAACGAAUUUGGGAAUCAGUACACCCAUCCUUGAAACCAUCACCACCAUCUAGGACACAGGCGUAUCCAUCACCUCCCGAACUUUCCCCCAACUCCCUUUUUAUUGUUGUUGUUGUUGUUCUUCUUCUUAUUAUUAUUAUUAUUUUUAGCAGUAAAAACCUUGACAUAAGAUUUAGCUUUGUAGCAAAUUUUAAGUACACAGUAUUGUUAGCUAUGGGCACUAUAUCCUGUACAGCAAGCUCCAGAACUUGUUGUGUAACUAUGACUCUGUGCCCUUUGACCGUUACCUCCCCAUUCCCCCUCUUCCCAGUCCCGGCAACCAACAUCCCACACUCUGCUUCUAUAAGUUUGACUAGUUUUGAGUCAGCUUGUAAGUGAAAUCAUGCAGUAUUUGGCUUUCUGUGUCCGGCUUUUUUCACUUAACAUAAUGUUCUCUAGGUACAGAGGGCAUGCUCUUACACAUAGAAGGCCCUAAAGACUCCACCAAAAAACUGAGAGCGCUAAGAAACAAAUUCAGUAACAUUGCUUUCAUUUUUUUACAGAUAGUUUGCUGGAUGUAGGAUUCUUGGUUGCCAGUGUUUUCCUUUGAGCACCUUGAAUAUAUUAUCCCUAUGCCUUCUGCCUCCACUGUUUCUGCUGAGAAGUCUGCUGCUGAUCUGACUGGGUUUUUCUGUCAUAAAAUAGGAGGGUUUUUUUUCUUGUUGCUUUCAAGAUUGUCUCCUUGCCUUUGCUUUUCAGCAUUUUUACUCUGAUGUGUCUGUCAGUCGGUCUCUUUUUGUUUAUCGUACUUGUACUUCGUUGAGCUUCCAUCGGGCAAUAUUUCUUGGCACAUUAUUCUCUGCUCCUUUCUCCCUUUCUGGUAUUCUCAAUCCAUCUAUGUUGGUAGCCUAAGCAUGUCCUGUAUUUCUCUGAGGCUCUGUUUAUUUUCCUUAGCAUUUUCCUCUCUGACUUCAGAUCGCACAGUCAUUAUGAGUCUGUCUUCAAGAUUGCUCAGUCUUUUUCUGGUAGUUCUUAUCUACGUUGAGCCCUUCUAAGUGAAUUUUUCACUUCAACUAUUGUACUUUUCAACUCUAGAAUUUCCAUUCUGUUCUUUUGUAUAGUUUCUACCUCUUUAUUGUCAUUCUCUAUUUCAUGUAAUAUUUUCAGUUCAGUAACUUCCUUUACCUCUUUGAUGGCAGUUUCCUUUAGUUCUUUAAAGUUCUUUGUGUGGCAGUUUUGAGGUCUUUUUCUUGCAAAUCUGACAUCUGGUAGCAAUCACAGGCAGUUUCUGCUGCCUGCUUUUUCCCCAGUGUACUCUAGGUAGAUCAUACGCUCCUGUUUCUUUCCAUGUGUCAUAACUUUUGUUGUUGCUGGAAACUAGACUAUCUAAAAUAGACCAUGUGGCAACUCUGGAUGCUGGUCCACCCCUACCUUCCUGAUUUGUUACUGUUUUUUGCCUGUUUAUUUGUUUAGUGUCUGGCCGGUUUAUUUUAGUGAGCGUAGCCUCUCUCCCUACUCCCCCCUCCCCUGCUGUGUUAAGCUUUGGGUUUUCCCCCUCAGGGAGAGCUGUCUUGAGUAUGCCUGUGGUCACCCUGGGAUGACUGUGGUUUGGGCAGGGCUCUCUUUGACUUUCUCCUUCCCUGACCACACUCAGCUGUUCAGCUCCACUGACUGUGGGCUGAUUACUCCCUAGUUUUCAGCAAUGUCCUGGAUAAAUUGCUCCAUAAUUUAAACCAGUGAAAUCCGUGCUCCUUUGAAGGGAUAGCUGUUCAGGCCAGUGUUUGAGAUUUGAUCUGACCCUGGUGGGCUCCUUCCAGUAAUCUCCCUCCCUGGCAUCCCAGGUAAUCCAGCCAGCCCACAGUUGAACUCCUGUUGAUCCCGCGGUUCUUGUUCAUGAAGCUGAAGAAUGAGCUUCAUAAACACCCAAGGGUAAACAAAAUCCACGUAUCUGCUUGGACAGGCUGCAAAGAUAAGAUACCAGGCUCAUUUUUACCAACGACAAAUACGUUGCACUGCACCUGAGACCAGAAAAGGCUAAGUCUGGGUUCCUCUGGCCCUCCACGUCCCUUGCUACCUUCUAGCUCUUCAGGAACUUUCAUCUUUACCUUCCCGUGCAGACCCAAGGGCCAGGUGGAGCCUCGAGUACGGACUACACCCCCAUGGAGCCACUCGAGGAAUGUAACUCAACGCUGAUUUCUGAAUCUUCCCCGAUGGCCUCUGAAGACACUUCCCGGGAAGUCCUGGCAGCCUGUCAUCCUUCCUUCUCAGAACUGCUAAUGGGGUGCCUCAGUGACCUGAACCCCAGCCCUGGCACCAACUACCCUGCCCCUCUGCCAGAGGGGCUGCUCCAGCAGCGGUACAGAGAUGAGAAAACCCUGCUAGAGAGGCGGUGGGAAAGGUCAGCAUCGCCCCAGAGGAAGAAAACCUUCCUGGGCCACAUGAGACGGAGACGCCUUGAUCACGUGGCCCCUUAUCGGGCUCAACGGGAAGCCAGAAUCUCUGUCUCGGGUGAUAGGGAUCAGAACAGAUUCAGAUGUGAAUGUCGGUACUGCCACAGCCAUAGGCCGACAGUUUCUGGGAUGCCUGUGGAGAGGAAUGGCGCCCCACAUCCUUCCUCCUGGGAAAUGCUAGUUCAGGGCCUCAGUGGCUUGAGCCUCAGCCUGGGUGCCAACCAGCCCAGCCUUCUGCCAAAAGAGGUGCUCCAGCAGCAGGAGAGAGAGGAGAAGCUCCAACUAGAGAUGCAGCAGGAAAGCAAAAGAAUGUUUCAGAGGCUCCUCAAACAGUGGUUAGAAGAACACUGACACUUUUCAUCCAUCAUGGGAUGGAGAUCACGACGGAUUCAGACACGGAUGCUGGUGUCGCCGGAUCGUGGGUGUGGAGUCCUUCUGGGGCAAAACAGUAAGCAGUACUCAUAGGGGUAACAAGAGCAGACUAGUGACUGAAAACCCUGUCAGCAUGAGACGUGAUCUGAUCCCAGGAAGGUCCCGACCUUUCCUGCCUGCCUGGAAUGUCUGGAUUGCUUUGGCAAGGGAGACCGUGUACCAGUGGUCCUUAACUACUGUAUCGUGGCUCCCAUGAUGCAUGUUGUCACUUUAUCACCCUGGAUCGCUGUCUUUCCUCCCUACUUUGUUGUCAACAGAUAUAUAAAGUCUCUGUAGCAUGAAUGCCCUGCCCAUGGCCAUGUCAUUUUGUGCCACGUUAUUGACUGACUCCCGAAGAAGCACAAGGUCUGCUGGAAUGCACGUGUGCUGAACUGAAAUCCAGUUUCAAGAAUCUGGGGCUAAACAAAGUGUGGGAAAGGGAUGUGGAAUUGGAACUUGGUGGCUCACCAUUGUGUUAUUUGUGCAAGCUAUUCCGUGUAUGCUGAGCUAACUGUACAUAAGUGUUGCCCUGCUUCCUAACAUCGAGCACUAUCCCCACUUGUAGGAAUUUCUGACGGGUUACCUCGUCAUCAAUACCAAAUAAAUAUACGUAUAAAAGGUACCUGA